UUUCGCGCGUCGCUCUUUCCCGCCGGUGAAAAGGAGAACAGCCGGCGUCAGAAGAAUCUCGUGUGCGAGAAAUUCGACCAGCUGUACACCAUCCUGGAGGACAAAAAGCGCGACAUGAGUCUCAAGGUGACGGCCGAGCAGGAGGAGAAGGUCAGCUACAUCAGGAACCUGACCAGGAAGUACGGAGACCAUCUGGAGGAGAGCUGCAAGAUUGUGGAGAAAGGGCUGGAGAUCAUGGAGGAGCAGGAGAUGGCCGUCUUCCUGCAGAACACAAAACCCCUCCUGAAACAGCUAGCGGAAGCGUGUAGCAUAUCGCACCUGGACAAAGUGGAGCGAGGCUACGAGAACAUGGAUCACUUCACCGCCGAUUUCCGGCGAGAGCGCAAAGCGUUGGGCAGCAUCGACUUCCUCCAAGACGACGAUGAUGACGAGGAGGAGGAUGAGGACGAGGCGGCGGAAGGAGAGGUGGCGGCGCCUGCGACCUCCGCCGCUAGCACGCCCGCCGUUUCUUCCGUACCGCCGCUUCCUGCCCCGACCACGCAGACAAAUCCCGUCCCCGUCGCAGCUAAGAGUGCGGCGUCCGCCUUGAGCGUUGCCCCAGUCGGUCAGAACACCCUGGGGGCGGGGCAAAAGUGACAAAGAUAAACCAAGUGGAAAGCACAAUGACUGAACUUGUUAACC